CGAGGGUCCCCGAGUUCGGGCCUGGGUCCUGAGUAGGGCCGGGCGGGCCGCAGCGGUCUCGGCGCUCCCUCCUCUCGGCCCCUUCUCGGCGCCGUCUGUGGGUGGGGCGUCCGGAAGCCCCGGUCUGGCUUCUUGCCCUUGGGGGACAGAGGGCACCGAGCCUGGACCAGUCCCUUCCCGCUGAGAUCUGCGGGUCCCUGAUCCCUGUGGGUCUCCGACGUCCCCGCGUGGACUUCCAGGAGCAGGUGGGACCCUGUCGCGUCACCUCAGGCCGGCCAUGGAGAAGGCGGAAGUGGAAGACCUCGCAUCGGCAGCAGUGCUGCUGGACCGCACCAGCUUCUCGCAGGUCGUCUUCAACAGCGUGGACAAGUUCUACGUACCCGGCGCCGACGUCACCUGCCACUACGUCUUCACCCAGCAGUUCAGCCCGCGUCGAAAGGACUGGAUUGGCAUUUUCAGAGUGGGCUGGAAGACAACCCGGGAGUACUACACCUUCAUGUGGGUGGCUCUGCCCAGCGACACGGGCACCGAUGUGGCCAAGCAGCAGGAAGUCCAGUUCAAAGCUUACUACCUGCCCAAGGAUGAUGAGUAUUACCAGUUCUGCUAUGUGGACCAAGAUGGCGUGGUCCGGGGAGCAAGCGUCCCUUUCCAGUUCCGUCCAGAAAGUGAGGACGACAUCCUGGUUGUCACCACCAAGGUGAAGGUGGAGGAGACUGAGGAGCACAACCAGCAGCUUCUCCAGGAGAACCAGGAGCUGAAGGCCCGCUGCGCCCGCCUGGAGGAGCAGAGCUCGGCAGCACAGGCUGAGCUGCGGCAGAAGCAGGAGGAACUAGAAGCUCUGCAGGGCAUCACUAAGAAGUUGGAGCAGGAGGCAGAAGCACAGAAGGCCCACUGGGAUGUGGAGCAACUUCAACUAAAAGAACAGGACCAGAAGAUGCGCUCGGAAAAUGAGCAGCUGGGAGCCAGAGUGGUGGAGCUGCAGUCCCAGCUGCUAAACCAAGAAAGAGCAAUGGAGAAGCUGAUCCGGGAAGACCAGGAAAAGACAGAGCAGCUGCAGCGUUUGACCAAAGGAAAUGACCAGCUCCGUCUCAGCCUAACCGAACAGAGGGAGCAGCAGCGGAAGCUCGAGCAGAUGGUGGAGGAGAUGAAGCUGAGAGAAACGGCGGCAGUGAAGACGCAGGCAGACUUGAUGGAUCCUGGGAGGGCGAAGGCUGUGGAGGCGCAGUUAGUGCAAGAGGUGGCGCGGCUGCAGGCCCAGGUGGAGGCGGGCAAGGCCUGCCUCCUAGAGAAGUACAAGGAGUGCCGCCGGCUGCACAGACAGAUCCGGCAGCUGCGGGCGGCCACACCGGACGAGAACUUAGACCUGUCCAGACGUCUGGGUGAGAGUAAGAUUCUGUGUGACCACCUGCGAGCGGAGAAGGAGCAGAUGGAGAGAGGGAAUGAGCUGCUGCAGAAGGAGAACAGCAGGCUGCUCAGUUACAUGGGUCUGGACUCUGACUCCGUGCUGCCUCAGGUGCCUGCGUCCAGUUGGGAGGGCGCCCCACAGAAGCCGGUCCUCAUCUACGGGAACCCCUACUCUGGUAUCCAAGAGAGUCCCACCUCUGGCCUGCUCUCAGCGGAGAACCCUCUCAGGUCGCCCCAGCAGCACGCCGUGGAGCCGCCACAGGCCCUGGACCCCGAGCUGACCUGUCCACUUUGUGAAAGGGUCUUCCCGGCCUCAGAGCUGCAGGUCUUCGAGGACCACGUGUACUGCCACUCCCUCUAGCACCCUCCCGCACUGUGCAGGCACAGAUCUGCUGGUGUGGAGCAGGAGAGGGCCUCUCUACGGGCCUGGCCCGGUCCCGCCACCCACAGGGGUCCACCCUGAGCCUCGGGUGGGUUCAGUGCUGCGCUUGUCCUCAGAGCCCCACGGGGACAGUGCCCAUUUCUCCUCAGGACUAGGGACAGGCCCAGGGGCACUGAGAAUCCCUCUCCCAGGUUCUCUGCCAGCCAAGGUCAACUCAAGUGUGCGUACCCAGGCUUUGGCCCUGCACGAGCUGGGGGCGCUGGGGGCCUCAGGACCCCAGGACCCACCUCCACCUCUCCCUCUCCUCCUCCUGCUCUUUCUCCUCUGCCUCUUCUCCAGCCAAGGCCAGAAAGCAGGUCCAGAAGGCGCCAUGGAGGGCCCAGAUGUCCAGAUACCAAAGAUUUCUCCUGGAUUUUGUGACUUGGUCCCAACCCCUGGGUGGGAAGCGCCCGGUCCCCGAACCCCUCUGCUCGCUGGUCGCUGUGCGAGCUUCUGCACCUGGGCCACACUGUCAGGCCGGGUGGUUCCCCAGGAGUCACUAGAAACUUAGGUGGGUUUCAGCUUGGGGGCUGCCACCUGGGACAUGAAUGCAGGAGACGUUGUUAAUCUAAUGCUGGGAAUAAAAACUUCAGGGGCCUGGGGCCCGAGCUA